AUGGUCAAGAUGUGGAAAUACCUAUAUCGGCGCGUUAAUCCAAACUUCGAUUCGGAGUGCCACACUCUAAUUUCGCUUCCGCGGCCCUUCAUCGUUCCGGGAGGUCGGUUCAUCGAAAUAUAUUACUGGGACAGCUACUGGAUUGUGCUGGGGUUGAUUGCAAGUGGUUUGUUGUCAGUGGUUAGAGACUCGCUCAUUAAUUUUUUUUACAUGGUCGAGCGCUACGGCUUCAUUCCGAACGGCAGUCGCGUUUACUAUUUAGACCGAAGCCAACCGCCGCUAUUGUCCUCAAUGCUACGAGCGUACUACCAUGUUUCUGAAGAUUUGGACUUCGUCAUAGAACAUCUCCCUUUGAUCGAGCGCGAAUACAACUUUUGGAUGAACUCGCUUGGCGGGCACGUUGUGGAAUUGACUGACGAGGACGGUAAGGUUCAUCUACUUAACCGACACUACUCGAUUCUUGGCGAGCCGCGGCCCGAAAGUUACCGUAUGGACCUGUUAGUCGGAGAAGUUUUUGAGAAAAAAUACAGUAAUGACGAGGCCGUGAAGGCCGAGUUUUACCGUUCGAUUCGAGCGGCGGCAGAAAGCGGGUGGGAUUUCAGUUCACGCUGGCUGCGCCCAGCAAUCGAGGGCGCAGAGGAAAAGUCGCCCUAUGGCGUGGUUUCGACAACAAUUCGAGCCAGUUUGCAAUGGGACAGUCCAAACGUUUGGGCUCCGUCCCACCACAUUGCAGUUGAUUUCUUGUGUGGCGGACGGUUUUGGGAAAAACGCGAAAACGUUGCUGAGCUUAAGGAAACUGAGGCGUUCAAGAUCGCCGCUAGCUGGGCUUCGCGGUUUUUGAACACGAUUUUGUACAGGUACGAGCAUCACGGCAUCUGCUCGGAAAAAUACCACUGCAGGAUUUUGGGCAAAAGUGGACUAGACGGAGAGUACAUCACGCAAGAAGGCUUCGGCUGGACAAACGGUGCUGUGCUCGAUCUGAUGUGGAAGUUUGGCCGCCACUUGACAGUAGACGGCCUGUUUGCAGAAGUAGUACAGUAG